AUGCAGGAGCCUCAGGUUCGAUCUCUGGGUCGGGAAGAUCCCCUGGAGAAGGAAAUGGCAACCCACUCCCUUAUUCUUGCCUGGGAGAUCCCAUGGACAGAGGAUUCUAACAAGCUACAGUCCACGGGGUUGCAAAGAAUUGGACACAAUUUAGCGACUGAUCAGGAGGAGGGAAAGGAAAGAAGAAAUUCACUAAGGAGGCUGCUAAAUGAAGAUGGGAUGGCAAGUACCAAAAAGGCAAGUACCAAUGGCAGGAUUCCUGAAUUGUGGUCCUCUUUCCCAAUGAGAAUCUUCCCACUUUUGAAUCUUCCUCGGCAUGGAGCCUGA